GUCACUUCUCUCCUUAAAUAUAUUACUUUCUCAGUACUCUCAUCUAUUACCACGUAGCCCUGUGCAUUCACCAUGGGACUCUGUCUUUCCUGUUUGCGUCCUGAGACGGAUGACGACGAAUACAACGAGAGAACUUCAUUACUCCAACACAACCAAUUCUCCGACGAGAACCUUCAAGAGGAACUCUUGAAAGAACAACAGAGACAAGCCGAGCUCAACGGCAUUGUCAACGAGCUCCUGGACAACUUGAUCGACGUGUCGACGUUCUUGAGUCUGAACACAACCGCCAACAAUUUGUCAUUUCUGACCCAAAGUGGCGCCUUAGGCAACAAUACAUCAUUGGAUAUCACCCAGGAUGAAAUAGAGGGUGACGUCUCAACUUACAAAAUUGACAGCAUUCGCGAAGAAAAGGAAAAAAUUUUACGUGCGGUUGAUCAAUUGGAUGGAGGGGUUAAGGACAGCUGUAAGGUCGACCCAGUGGGGCCGUUGUUCUUGGAAUUUAAAUAGGAAGUUUAGUUUUGGGUAGGGAUAUAGAUAAAAUUACAAUUGCAG